CGCUUACUAUCAUCCACACAACAAGGGUUUAUGGUUAAACCCUGAACCCCAUUUUCUCUUCCAAGAACCAAUUUUGAAAUCAAACUCUGUCCUGAAUUUUAAUCUUCAUAAAACCCGAUGAUUCUUAAUCGCUCCGCUUCGAUCCUCCAUUUCUACAAGCUGUCAUCUCCGCCGAAACUACUCCCCCACUUGGGACGUUCAUAUUUGUCUCUCACUAGUUCUACAUCAUCCUCUCCUUCUAUUAUCUACUCAUUCUGGUUUAAUGGGUCCCGAGGGUCACGAACUAGGCGAUUCGCUUCCGCCUCUGUAGCGCCUGCUGCUGAUAAAAGAGGAAGCGACACGUUCUACGCAGAUGAAAGCGUCUCGUGGACGUCGCUUGGUUUGUCGGACCGAAUCUCUGGUGCCAUGUCUAAUGCCGGUUUCGAGAGGCCAUCUUUGGUUCAGGCUGCUUGUGUACCAUUAAUACUUUCCGGAAAGGACGUCAUAAUUGCUGCUGAGACUGGCAGUGGUAAGACACAUGGUUACCUGGUCCCUCUAUUUGAUAGGAUCUGCACUGAGCCGGAUGGUACUGGGAACACAACCAAUGGUCAAGAAUAUGCUCCUCCCCAUAAGCUUUCUCUGGUUCUUUGCCCCAAUGUAUUGCUGUGCGAGCAGGUGGUUCGCAUGGCUAAUGGUCUUUGUGGAGAUAACGGUGAACCACUUCUCAGAGCUGCAGCUGUCUGUGGUCGACAGGGAUGGCCUGUCCAAGAACCAGAUGUCAUUGUCUCAACACCGGCAGCUCUUCUGAAUAAUAUUGAGCCUAACAAACGGCAUUUUCUGCAUUUUAUGCGUGGUGUUAAAUAUGUGGUGUUUGAUGAAGCAGACAUGCUUCUAUGUGGGGGUUUUCAGAAUAAAGUCAUCCGCCUCAUAAAUUUUCUCCGUCACAGUGAAAAAAAAAUGUCUCAAAUGAAUAUAGCUGCUCUCGCGAGCCCAGUGGAAUCAGAUUCUGAGUCUCUGUCGCAGUUUGAGUCGGAAGAUAAGGAAGAGAUUCAAAAUGAUAUGAAAGAGGAACAUUCUGAAAGUGAUUCUGAAGUUGAGAGCUUGGCAGAGGAAACGGAAACCAGUUCCAUCAAGACAGAGGAAAUGGAAACCAGUUCCAUCAAGAAAAUGGACUGGAAGAGAGUAAGAAAACAUUAUGAACGCAGUAAGCAGUACAUUUUUGUUGCAGCCACUCUUCCGGUGAAUGGUAAGAAAACUGCUGGAGCAGUACUGAAAAGGAUGUUUCCAGAUGCAAAAUGGGUCAAUGGAAACUUUGUUCAUCGUCACAAUCCUAGAUUGAAAGAAAGGUGGGUUGAAGUUACAUUUGAUACACAGGUCGAUGCACUCAUGGAGGCUGUGAAUCAAAGAUACGCAUCUGAAGGGCAUUAUCACGGUGCUGAUGCACGCUGCACUAUGGUGUUUGCAAACACUGUUGAGGCUGUUGAAGCAGUGGCUAAAAUAUUGCAGAGUUCUGGGAUUAAAUGUUAUCGUUACCACAAGGACAACUCUCUUGAGGAGCGUGCAAAGGCAUUAGUUGAUUUUCAAGAGAAAGGUGGAGUGCUUGUAUGCACUGAUGCUGCUGCGCGUGGCAUCGACAUUCCUAAUGUAGCACAUGUCAUUCAGGCGGACUUUGCCACUUGCGCUGUAGAUUUUUUGCAUAGGGUUGGUCGCACAGCUCGAGCUGGGCAAUAUGGACUUGUUACUAGCAUGUACACUGAAGCCAACCGGGAACUUGUUGAUGCAAUUCGUCAAGCGUGGGAACUGGGUCAGCCAGUGGAAACGGCAUUUAGCAGAAAGAGAAGCUUCCGUAACAAGCUUAAGAAGAGAGGUUUGAGAAAAGUCAAGGACAUGUCAAAUACUGAGUUGGCAAUGGCAUGAGGAAUAUGGUAUGUGAUGAAGCCGCGUGACCAUCCUAUAUUGAUUUUGUACUUCCAUUAAUUUGAUGUGUAUUUUGAUGUUUUUGUUAUAUAUUUUUCAUUUAACUCUACGAUCUAAUGAAUCCCAUUCCCCCCCUCCCUGAAAUCUGCACAUCUCUACUUAGAGAUAUAAUACAUUUGAUAUAUUGAUUACUCCAUUUUCUAUUUGGAUAUGUGGAGAGUUCAUACUUCAGUAUUUCAGAUCGGGUUUGUAGUA